CCAGAUCUCCAAAAAGCUUGUGAAUUCCGAUUUUAAAAAUGGUCGCGUCCAGGAUCCCACGAAGAUCUCCGAGAAGCAGGAAAAGGGUGUCAAGAAAUACUGCAAGGAGUAUCUUGACAAGGCUGUCAUGAAAAAGAAGGAGCAUGAAAAGAAGAGAACUGAGAGGAAGCCUCGUGAAGGUGGUGCUGAAGCUUCAGGAACGACCACUCCUCCUGGUGAUCCCACGAUUAGAAAUGAAGCCAAGCCGGCGGCCGACGAUGAUAUGGCUGACAUCUCAGAUGACGAGGUGGACAAUGCAAGGGGUUCUCCGCCAUCGGUAUCGCCCGAAGACCAGGGAGAAGGAGCCAUCAAGCGCAAGAGGGAGCCCGAAACUCCAAAUGGGGUUUCUCUGGAGGGAGAGGAUUCGUCAUCGGCAAAGAAGCAAAAAACUGCCUUGCCUCCCCCGCCUCCGCCGCCCCCGCCCACUGACGGAACUACUUUCGAUGAAGACGGCAAUGCCAUCGAGAGCUCCGAGCUCGUAGGCAGUGCAGCGGGUUCCGACUCUUUUACCCAGGACGCGUCUGAAGGUACUUCUGCGGAUGCACAGUCACGAAACGAGAGAAGCGUACACCAGAACCGAGCCGUGAAGGUAUCUGGCGAUGAGGUAUCCGGCGCGGAUGGGCACCCUAGUCCGAUGCAGCUUGCCACCCCAUCAACGACGGGUUCCUAUGACGGCAACGACAAGAGAUUCGAGGGCAUGAACCCAGAGCGGCUUCGUCAGUUGGGAAUUGCUAAUGGUAGGUGACAUAGAGCAAGACGCUGGAGGCUGAGGAGUCCCAAGUGCAUAGAAGUUUUGUGCGGGUUGGUUUGAGGUUUUUCCAGCGUCGGACCAAGGCAUUAUGCCUAAUAUUCGCUUCAGCUUUCUUAGGCAUUGUUUGGAGGUCAUCAAGGGGGUUUUCGGUCGACAUCAGGGACCUGAU